GACAAACAGGAAGAGGGGAUCGAGGCCUGCUAUUGGCAGCGGUCAAGUAUAUGCAAAGUAACUGCUUCAACCGUGUUUAGGCUGCAUACACAUGUAGCUUAUCUUAAAGGUAAGCAAACAUUACAGAGGAAUUCAUACGAAAGCUUCCAUUUGAAGGCAAGAAUCGUUUCCAUAUGCCACCUGCGUCCUUGAGGAAAGUCUAAGAACACAGACAUGGCUCAGAUUGGCAGGAAGACAUCUUACUUCCUCCUACUGGCACUUCUGUGUGCUGAAGUGCUGUCUGUCUUCAGUGACUCCCUGACUGACAGAGACUGGGACUGGUCAGCAGGGACGCCUCACAACCAGGACACAAUCAGGUACAAGGUCGCAAACAGUGAUGAUGUCACGCUUCCCUCGUCCAAUGAGAACACUGGGGAAAGUUGGCAGAUGGAUGAUAUGUCUAGCCUACUUUACGAGUACCAAGAUGAUGAGGUAAGAAAUGACGAUAGCUCUGCUAUAGAUGAGGUAAUAAGAGACUUAAAACAUGUUCCAGAGACUCCCAAGCCAGGAAGUGAUGCUGUGUUAGAGGAUGGGGAGCCAAGAGUACAUGCUAAUCAGGAUGAUUCUUCUGCCAAAGUGGUAAACCUGCAUCAUUUCAGGGAACUAGCCGACGAACCGAGCGGCCACAGGAGCAUGGCGAUAAAGGAGCAGCAGUGUCGGUGUCCGACACAGGGUCGUGCGCUCCAGGACAACGUGUACGCCGAACAUGAACGGCUGCUGAGCGAGAUCAUCAGAAACAACGAGAACAGACUCAGGAAACUCGUCAGGAAACAGAAGGCGCAUAAACGGGAGUACGAGGAAAGGCUGGAUCGACUGCUGGAACGGGCCAGAAGGAACGUUCGUCUCCAUGGCAAUGGCUUGACAGGACGGGAUGACAGGAGAGGAGGCAGGCGGAAGAGUCCAGCCCAGGAGAGGGAGGACAAUGAGAUCAACCUUAUCGGACCUGGCACACUGUUUGAAGAAAUUAUGCUUAUGAAGCCAGGCCUGAAUAUCACCCUGCACCUGCUCAUGUUGGAGCUUCAGGCCGAGGAAAACCGUUACCAAGUCUCCAACCAGCAGAAAAUGUUGAACAUGCACGACGACAAGAUCCUACAACUCAGCAUCAGGAACAGUCAGCAGGGCAUCCUGAUGAGUAAACAGAUCCGAGCCAUGAAGAUGCUACAGGACAGAGCCAACCAGAUGGAGCAGGAGCUACAGAACAUGAACAAGAUGGUGAAGGGGGCCGACAAACUGGAUCAGGAGCUCAAUGACUACAAAGUGGUCCUUGGGAAGCUGCAGUUGAAGGUUGAACAGAAGGCCCUGUUUAUAAACCACUACACGGGGAAGAUCUCACGGCUACAGAACAGGCUGGAGUCCAUGACCAGGGAUUACUCCAUCAGGUAUCAUGAUCGUGUAAAGGACUGUGCAUCGCUCUACAUGCGGGGGUACACAUCAUCUCACGUCUACACCAUACCUACGUAUCAGGACACCUACGUCAAGAUUGCGCCAACGCAGCUGUACUGUGACAUGGAUGAAGGAGGAGGCUGGACCGUGAUCCAGCGGCGGUUUGACGGGUCUGUCCGCUUUAACCGGACCUGGGACGACUACCAACACGGCUUCGGGACGUGGGAGGGAGAAUUCUACCUGGGCAACGACAAAAUCCACAAGCUGACAAAUAUGAACAAGUACAUGGUGCGGUUUGUAGUGACGGACUGGAAAGGAGAGGUCCGCUGGGCAGAGUACGACGAGUUCCGGGUCGAAAAUGAAAGCACCAACUACCGGGCUCACGUCGGGAAAGUCUCAAGUGAUCAUGAACAUGGAGGACAAUUCAUCAUGGACGGCGCGCAGUUCUCUACCUUUGACAAAGACAACGACUCGUACGAGGACGGCAACUGCGCGAAGGAGAUGGCCAGCGCCGGCUGGUUCUCCAACUGCGGCAUCUCCUGUAACUGGAACGGGAAGUACUACAAGAACGGGCAGUACCAGAUCUCAGGUGCCGCCGACGGGAUGUGGUGGUGGAACUGGCACGGUGUGUCGUACUCACUCAAGGCCAUCACCGUGAAAAUACGCCCGGUGGACUUUGACCACUGACGUAAAAGAGCCAUGAUGGGAUCACCUCUUCAGUAUAUAUACAGUUGACGCCUUUCUAAGUCCCUCAGUGGCGUCAAUAGAUAUUGUUGUUUUUAGAAAGAAUUCAGAGAACACUUUCUGAAUUUUAAAGGUUUCAGGGAAAAGGCCUCAGCUUGAUGAUGUAGAAAGAUAUACGCAAAAAGUGGGCGUGCGACGAAAUAACUUUUAGGUUAGUUUAAAUAGAUGAAUUAUUAUCGAUGUCAAUUUUACACAAACCACUGUUUGUAAGACAAAACAGUGCCUCAUAAAUACCUUUGAGAUUAAUAACCAGAAAAUGUACCUUUUUACACAUACGUUUGAAUCAUUACCUCUCUAGAUGCCAUCUUAUAUGUACUGUAUAUUUUAUAUUUUAAGCUAACGUUAACGGGUAUUGUGAUAACGAAACUAACAAACGAAGGCGCUGUAGAUAUCGACGUUUAUUAUAUUCAUUUUCAUACCACGAUCCAAGGACAUGUAUUUUGCGAUUUAGCAGCAGACUGUGUAUGACUGUACACCACAUAUCUCUCUUUCGGCCUAGCUUCGUAUACCACAUAUACUGCAUGUGUAUAGGGCACGAAAAUUGAUAGAAGCACAUAUUUCACAAUAAAAGUAUUCCUGUUCACCUGCGUAUUGUCUUUCG